AUGAAUCCUCCCAUGCCAAGUCUCAUCAGCACCAUCAUCAUCAUCAUUCCCAUCCUAAUCACUCAUCCAACCCUGAUCAGCACCAUCACACCUCAGUUUCAGAACCAGGGCACCAUAAUUUCCAUGACGAUUCCCACUCUGAAACUCACCAAUACUCUCAAUCACAUGAUGCAUCUCCUACACCUGAACAUCAUUAUCAUUCUUCUCAUACUGACACUCACCAUAACCCUCAUCACCAUCAUAUUUCUGACAGUCAUCCAAAAAGCCCUGUACACACUAAUUCACCCCAUCAUUAUGAAAAUCAUCCCAGCUCACAUUCAGAGUCUCAAAAUCACAGCACAUCACAUUCUAAAGGACACCUUUCCGAUUUGGAAAUCCACCACCAAAGUGAUCAUAAUUCUCUGGAACCUCACCCUCACCAUUUCCACUCUGGAACUCAUGCUAACCCUCCUCUCGAAUCAGAUCAUUACCAUCACCACAAGUCUCAGGAAUCCCACCAUUAUUCCCAUUCAAAUGCCCAUCACCAUUCCAAUCCAGAGACUAACCAGCCUCAACAUCAUGAGCAUUCAGAAUCUCAUCAUCAUUCCCAACCAGAAUCCCACCACCAUCAUUCCCAAGAUCACCAUCAUCACCAUGACCAAUCAGAAUCGCCGAAUCAAGGAUCAUCACAAUGAUGAUCACCCAAGCCAUCUUCGCCACUCUCCAGUUGGCCAGCGGUCUACUUCUCCACAUUCUAACAAGUCUGAUUCAUCUGCUAGCUCCACCAUCCAGGACGAUCAAUCCACAGUGAGCUACCAAGAGUCAUCCUCAUUCCCAAAGGAAAAGGAUUCAGAUUUGGAGAGGUUAAUGAUGUUACAGGAGCAGAAUGAGGCUCUCCACCACAGUUUGCUGCAGACCACCAUGCGAAUGGAAUGUAUGGGAGUUGAGUUCAAAAGCGGACACCAGCUCCUUGAAUCUGAGUUACAAAGAACUCGCAUUGAGCUUAGCAGCUUACUGGAGCGGUUCACAAGACUUCAGGACAACUACUCCUGCACACAACAAACCAACCACCUUCUGGAGAAAAAACUGCAUUGUGUGACUCAAAAUAUGGAUGGAGAGCGAGAGCUACUGAACGAGCGAAUCUCAGAGCUCACAGAACAACUGUCUGCAGCAAAGACGACCAUCCAAAGUCUAGAAACCAUUAAUGUGACAUCAAUGCUACAGGAUGCUCUGGUGAAGCAUCUGAAGUCUGAUGAUCCCAUAACUCCACAUCCAGUCGCUCCACCUCCAGCUCCGUUCAUGGACAGUGACCAUUAUGACAAAGUCUCCAUGCAAGCCGAUGACCAGUCGCUGGGAACCCUCCCAGAGGAAGAGGAAUCCGAUUGGUCAGAAAUGGGAGAGGAGACACAAAACUACGUCCCAAGAGGUUCUCAGGGAAGUCAUGGAAACGCAUCGUAUUUCCAGUGGCAGCAGAGGCAAGGCGGCUGGGAGGGCAUCACUGGAAUCGUGGAUACGGAAAGCGAAUCUGGAGGCGAGGAAAGCAAAUGUCACCAGGCUCACCACGGGCUACAGAUACCACAUCUCAAGUUCACCGUCCACCCCGAAACCCUGACGGUUCCUAUGGAGGACGCCAGUCUGGCCCGCUUCAAGCAGAGUCCUGACGAUCCAGAUGGAUACCAGAUCACAGACGUGCGUAACCUGGGCUCUCCUAUUCGCGUGCUCUCCGCUAGCCUGGAGGAGAUCCACUCCAUUGGGCUCCUGGAGCGGCAUGAGGAUCAUCACGGCCAGCUGAGGAGCAAUAAAUCCAUGAUGGACCUCCACCAGUCACAGUCGGGCAUCAGACAAGCGUCAUACGCGGAUGAGAUCGUCUGUAAUUGGAGAGAAGCGAACAGCCGUGCUGCUGGAGAGGAGAGAAGCGGGAUGGUUGGUCUGGAGUCUGCUCAGAAAAUGCUCAACCACUUUAUUCAUGAUAGGGAGAGCACACACCUGUGAUUAACACGACAUUUUAGAAAAGAGAAGGUUUAUUAUAAAGUGAUUAUUAUAGUAUACUGAUGGUAGAAAAUAUUAGUGAUGAAGUGCAGGUUAACCACUUAUAUAGAGGGCAAACAUCAUAAUGUGUUUAUUUUUAGUUAGAUGUCAAAAAGUGGGAUUUUAAGUUGAGAUAUGGUAAAGUCUUAACUUCCCACUUGCUGUUUUAUUUGACAUCAUUUAAUUUUUGAUGUCUGAGUUAUGGAACAUGUAAGUCUUCUCCAACAUGUAAAAACUUGCUCAACAACUUUUCAUGCUAAUAUAGCCAAAUAGCUAUUUAGGGCAUAGUUUUAGGCUACUAUAUAUGAAAUCAUAAAAUUCUGCUAAUAGUUAAUACAGCAAUUUAAUACUGGUUGAUAUCUGUUAAGAAAAAAUAGAUUUGAAAGAAGUAUUAGCAAUGGAAUAUGAUAAGAUGGUUAAACUUGACCGUCAUUUCCCUGCAAACAGAGGCUCAAACAAAUAUGAGGGUCAGCUGUACACCAACAUGUGAGGACUGUUUGUGUUCUGUUCACCUUCUAAUUAAUUCCCAAUGGAUAAAAUCAAGUCCCUGGCUUUUCCCCUUGAAUAUCCAGUUUUAGUAAGAAAACACAUUUUUGCUAUUUUAUUAAAGAUGGUUGUGUUUAAUUUAGGAUCAUUGUGAAAGAUAUUUCUCUCCCUCUUGAUUUUCUCUGUGUUGUUGAAUUAUUCACUCUUCUACCAGAGUCCUGUCUGAGUGAAGAUCUUGAGACAUUGUUUUCCUGAUUCUAGUCAGACAUGUAGUUCUUGGGUUUGGUAUAUAAAGACAAAAGACUGCUGUAAUGAAUAAAUAAUGAACAAAAGCUACAAAAACCUGCUCAUUAGAUAUUUAUUGAUAUUUAUUUAAUUUUAAUGUUAAUGUGUUAAGUGUACAUGCUAAGAUACUUGUAAUUCUUCUAAUGCUCUUCUUUAUUUUACUCUUUGCAGUAUUUCAAUAUGUAAAACUAUUGUUGAAGUAACUUAAAACUAUAGUUAAAGGAGACAACAAAUAGGGAGUGGAAAUGAAGGGAAGGGAAGUCACUAUAAGACUACUUCACAUAUAGUUUUUUAGAAAGUAAAACAUUGAAAGAAAAAAAAACAUUACCCAUGUGAUAUAGUUCAUCCUGUAUAUAUGUUCUCAUUAGAAAAAUGCACACGAAUAUUUAAAAUGUAAUAAUUGUCUGAAUGUGUAUGUAAUAAAUGUCUGUAUUUCAUGCUAUUCUGUAGUUAAACCAAUGACAAUAGAAGUUUAAGUUAAAAAGCACAUUGCAUUCUUUUAACAAGCUCCAGGUGUUGCAGGAUGUUGUAGUAGAGUGUCAUUUUAAUUUUGAUUUUAAUUAUUUAUUUGUUUUGUCGAAGUAGUGGUGCGCUAGUGUAAAUAAUGCAUCUUCCCAUGUUGAUUUGCUGUUGAUGUUUGUAUUAAUGUAUGUAAUUAUUUGCAUGUUGAUAGAAA